UCAUUGCCUUCUGUCGCCCUACCAGAGGCGUGCACUCUCCUGUCAUAGUCCCACGCACCGUAGGAGUAGAAAAUCUGCUAAAAUUAUUUCAAAUUGAAUACACACCACCAAAAUGACGAGCUUAAUAGAUUCAGUGAAAAUGCCGAAAUUGCCGGAAAAUCAAAAAUCUUUCGCAGGCAUUCCCCAGGCAGUAUUUGUUGAAGACAUCGAUCAGUUCAUGGCACUAUCCGAAAACGAAAGUAAUGUCGAGAAAGUUUUGCAACGGCUGGACGAGCAGCACGGCAAAUACAAAUUCAUGGAGUUCAACUUGGAUUCGAGGAGGCGCCGGCUGAAGCAACAAAUCCCUGAUCUGAUCAAGUCGCUGGAGAUGGUGCAGGUUCUCAAGGAUCAGACGGAAGAAAAAGAAACACAGUUUUUGCUGAGCGAGCAGGUUUUCGUCAAAACAAUUGUGCCGCCGACAAAGACCGUGUGUCUGUGGCUGGGGGCAAAUGUGAUGCUGGAGUAUCCGCUGGACGAGGCCGAAGUCCUGCUUAAACAGAAUAUGGAAUCAGCAAUAGCAAAUCUGAAAAGUGUGGAGCACGAUCAAGACUUUUUGCGUGAUCAGCUUACAACAACCGAAGUGAAUAUGGCUCGAGUAUACAAUUGGGGCGUGAAAAAGCGACAGUCUGCCGGCAAAGCUGCUGCAUCUUAAAAGUUAUUGGGGAAAAAGCUUUUAUUGUAAGGGCCUACAUGAUUACAUGUGAUCCUUCCUAAGUGGAUACUACAUGCAUACGGUUUUCCUUUAGUUACAUUUCUAUUCAGUUGCACAGGACAUUAAGACCUAGUUUCACUCACAUAUUGCAUUUUUUGAAGAAUAUCGAAUACUUUGUUUUGGAACUAAUUUAAUACAACAUUUUUUACAUAAACUAGAAAUUGUCAUUGCUUUGAGUUGUUACUAUCGAGUAGGUCGAUUAUUGCAAUAUUUUUCAUUUGGCGAAGAUGUACGCAUUCUAACAUUUUGUCUAAGAAUGAUAAUAAUAAAAAUACUACGUUUAAGCAUUUGAAAAUA